CACCCCCCCCCCACCGCCCCCCCCAUUCCGUGCCCCCUCCGGGCCCCCCCCCCCCGAUCCCCCCCCGACCCCCCCAUGGAGAACUUCCAGAAGGUGGAGAAGAUCGGGGAGGGCACCUACGGCGUCGUGUACAAGGCCCGGAACAAGGUCACGGGCGAGGUGGUGGCACUCAAGAAAAUCCGCCUGGACACGGAGACCGAGGGCGUCCCCAGCACGGCGAUCCGGGAGAUCUCCCUGCUCAAGGAGCUCAACCACCCCAACAUCGUCAAGCUGCUGGACGUGAUCCACACGGAGAACAAGCUCUACCUGGUGUUCGAGUUCCUGCACCAGGACCUGAAGAAGUUCAUGGACUCGUCCUCCAUCAGUGGCAUCGCCCUGCCCCUCAUCAAGAGCUACCUGUUCCAGCUGCUGCAGGGCCUGGCCUUCUGCCACGCGCACCGCGUCCUGCACCGCGACCUCAAGCCCCAGAACCUGCUCAUCAAUGCCGACGGCGCCAUCAAACUGGCCGAUUUCGGCCUGGCUCGCGCCUUCGGGGUGCCCGUGCGCACCUACACCCACGAGGUGGUGACCCUCUGGUACCGAGCCCCUGAGAUCCUGCUGGGCUGCAAGUACUACUCGACCGCCGUCGACAUCUGGAGCUUGGGGUGCAUCUUCGCGGAGAUGAUCACCCGGCGUGCUCUUUUCCCCGGGGACUCGGAGAUCGACCAGCUCUUCCGCAUCUUCCGCACGCUGGGGACGCCAGACGAGGCGGCCUGGCCCGGCGUCACCGCCAUGCCUGACUACAAGCCCAGCUUCCCCAAGUGGGCCCGGCAGGAUUUCGGCAAAGUGGUGCCGCCCUUGGAUGAGGAGGGACGGAAGCUUCUGGCACAAAUGCUGCAUUAUGACCCCAACAAGCGGAUCUCGGCCAAGGCGGCACUGGGUCACCCCUUCUUCCGCGAUGUCACCAGGGCUGUCCCCCAUUUGCGGCUGUGACCCCCCCCCCCCCCGCCCCCGCCUACGCUCACAGGACAGGGGAUCGGCUGCAGCCCCAUGCGGGUCCGGGAGGGGGGGGUGCUCUGCCUCCUGUGCCCCCCCCCCCCCGGAAAGGAGCCCCCGUCUCCAUGCUGCAAGAGGUGAUGUCUGUCCCUGGGGACACAGUGGCUCUGGGCCCCCCCACCCCGGGGCUGCUGGGGCCCCCUCGGAGCGGAGCUGGCCCCCCCCCUCAGGACAGGUCCCUGUCCUGCAUCCUGCUCUGCUCCCCAACACAGCAAGAGGCGCCCCCUCCCCCCCCAACUUGCCUGGACUUUUGGCACUUACAGCCCCCCUGGGGGCACCCUGGAACCAGCCUGGGGGGGGGGGGGGUAGUGAGCACCUUCAUACCCCCCAUCCUCCUCCUCAGCACAGGACUGGGACAGCACUGCCUGGGGGGGGGCCGUACCUCCCCUGGAAGGCAGCUUUGCCCCGGGGGGGGGUGUGUGAUGGGGGCUCCUCAGCUGAGUGUGUCCCCCUGAAGACCCCCUGCCCCCCCCCCCCAAUUGCCUCGUUUGGUCCCCACUGGCCCCCCCUCCCUGCAGUUGACUCGCUGAUUUUUGUAACUUCUGCAAUUUCGUACCAAAUGUCAAA